AUGGCCAGUAGCCCACAGAGACAACCCAGAGAGCGGAAUGAUCCACCCCAUGUCCAAAAACCUUUCUUGCAGAUGGCCCACGCCAGCGAGCCCCUCCUGACCCACCAAACGUGGGCUCAGCGUGAGUUCCUCCUCCCCAGUGAGUCCUGGGAGUGGCCCGGCUUCACCCGGCAGGCCCACCACCGGCUGGCCCUGAAGCCGCCGCCCUGCACGGAAGUCAAGUCUGAGGUGCGUCGCCGACUAAUCUACCCUUCGAAGGACGCAGCACAGCACACCUGGGGCUUUCACACGUGGCUUGAUGUGGGCCGUUUGCCCGCCGCCUUUCCCACCAGGCCCGACAGGCCCUAUGAUAGCAACGUGUGGCGCUGGCUGACGGACCCCAGGGCCCAUGGCUGCCCCCCAGCAGAGCCCCCCAUCCUCCCUCCCUCCUGGAUGGGUCAGAACAGCUUCCUGAGCUUCAUCUGCUGUACUCCUAUCUUCGUGGACGAGAACAGGAAGAACCAGGUGAUUGUCAGGACGAUACAGGAAUUGAGAGAGCUGGAGAAACUCAAGCUGAGGAGCGAAGUGAGGGCACCUCCACUCGACACCAAGGGCAACAUCCUGUGCCCAAAGAACUUCAAGAAGUAA